AUGGUUUGGCUUCUCGACGAUGUCUACGACACACAACACCGGGCCUUCAUGAUGCGCGAGAAGGAGAUCAAGCUUGAACCUCUGAAGAUUCGGUAUCACGGGGUCUCUGGUCCUGCCAUGCCGUACGAUGAGCGGUACACACCCUACAUCCAGCAGGUAGGACUCCUCCCGUGGAUUCAGUUGGUCAGCCGGUCCACGCCGAACCUCAACGCUCCACUGGUGACCUCUCUUGCUGAUCGGUGGAGGCCAGAGAUGCACAGUUUCCAACUUCGGACUGGGGAGAUGACCGUGACGCUUGAGGAUGUCGCCUUGAUCACCGGGCUUCCUAUCGACGGGAGGCCUCUAUGUAUGAGCACCGAUUCUGAUGGGUGGCAUGAGCAGAUGAUUGCUCUUAUCGCUAUGGCUCCUACCGAGGCUGAGGCUGAUGUAGAGGAGGGAGAAGAGAAGAAGAAGAAGGAAAGGAAAGCAGCCAGAGCUGCUUUCACGUGGAUUCAAAAUAACUUUGCCACUUGCCCUGCGGAUGCCACUUAUGAUGUGAUCCAGACACAUGCUCGUGUCUAUAUGUGGUACGUUGUCUCGAGGACUUUGUUUCCUGACUCCACGGGCAAGAAUGCUCCAUGGAUGUGGCUGAAGGCAUUGGCCGUCUUCGAUAGCGGAUGGAGCUGGGGUUCAACGACUCUUGCCUACUUGUACCGACAGCUGGACGAUGCGUGUUGCAGGAUCAUAGGUAGUGCAGGCAUUGGUGGUAAUAUGCUUCUGCUUUCUGUAUGGACCUGGGAGCGUCUGCCUGUUGGACGCCCGAAGAGCGUCAAGUUUAAUCCUUGGGAUGAAGAUGGCGAAUUACGGCACCCCACUUGGGCUUACAAGUGGGAUGUGGUAUCCGAGAUGACGAACGAUGUCAAUCUCAUGUACCAAAAGUACAUUGCCAAGUUGGACACGAUAACGCCUGAGCAGGUGGUAUGGCAGCCAUAUGGCGCCAAUGACAGACUUGGGUACACCGAGGAGUCUGCCAUCAACCCGAUGUGCUUGCGCGAUAGGGAUCUCUGGCUUAUGCGGUGCCCACUAAUAUGCAACUGGGCGGUUGAGUUUCAUUUGCCACAUCGCGUGUUUCGUCAGUUUGGUCUGUUCCAGCCUCACCCGCCGGAAUGGGUUGGAAGUGUACGAUCAUAA